GUACUGCUCUUCAGGUAAAACUACUGAUGAGCUGACCAAUCGAGUGCUCCACUAGGCUGCUGCGGAGAAAGAUGCAAACUUCCUCAACCUUUCCUUCUCUAUCUUCUUCUGCCUCAUCCUAAACAAGUACCCAACUUUAUUGCUCUCCAAUGGCCUCUUCUACUCCCCCACCCCACUGUACUCUCACCACCUCUAAACCCUAUCAAAACAACCAUCACCUUCAACCCAAUCGCCGCCACGCCAACCACCACCACCCCCAAUGGACCACCUCUCACAAAGUCUCUUUGAGCCGGCCUCCCCACCCAAGACACGCCGGCGCCUCUGCUGCACCCGCCACCGCCGCCCCUUUCCCUUCCUUCUCUUCACAGGAGCUAAGCGCCGAUUUCUCCGGCCGCCGCUCCACCCGUUUCGUCUCCAAAAUGCAUUUCGGUCGACCCAGAGCUACUGGCUCUGCCAGCCGCCACACCGCCGUCGCCGAUGAAGUUCUGGAGGAGGCGCUUCGAUGCGCCGGCGAUGAAUGUGCUUUUGACAGAAUGUUGCUGUCAUUCGAGCCCAAGAUGUCCGGCACCGAAGAUUACACAUUCCUGCUCCGAGAGCUUGGGAACCGCGGCCAAUGCUCCAUGGCAAUGAGAUGCUUCGAUUUUGCUCUUCGCCGGGAAAGAAAGCGCAACGAUCAAGGUAAGUUAGCCAGCUCGAUGAUUAGUAUCCUUGGAAGAUUUGGGAAAGUCGAUUUAGCUGAGAAAGUGUUUGAAAAUGGCCUGAAAGAGGGGUAUGGCAAUACUGUCUAUGCUUAUUCCGCUCUAAUAAGUGCUUAUGCCAAGAGCGGGUACUGCGAUGAGGCCAUUAGGGUAUUCGGGUCGAUGAAAGACUCGGGCUUGAGACCUAAUUUAGUAACUUACAACACAUUAAUCGAUGCAUGUGGUAAAGGAGGCGCUGAUUUCAAAAGGGCUUUGGAGAUUUUCGACGAAAUGUUAAGAAAUGGUGUUCAGCCUGAUAGGAUAACCUAUAACUCACUCCUUGCUGUUUGCAGUGGGGCAGGAUUGUGGGAAACCGCUAGGGGCUUGUUUGGUGAGAUGGUUUAUAGAGGAAUUGAACAAGACAUUUACACAUACAAUACACUCUUAGACGCUGCUUGCAAUGUAGGACAAGUUGAAGUGGCUCUUGAAAUCAUGUCCGAGAUGCCUUCAAAGAGCAUCUUUCCAAAUGAGGUUACCUAUAGUACCAUGAUCCGCGGGUGUGCCAAGGCGGGAAAAUUUGAUAGAGCAUUGAAAUUAUUCAAAGAGAUGAAGAACAAAGGUAUAAAGGCAGACAGAGUGUCUUAUAACACUUUACUUGCUAUAUACACAAGCCUAGGUCAGUUCGAAUGUGCAUUAGAUGUGAGUACAGAGAUGGAGGGAAUGGGUAUAAGAAAAGACGUCGUGACUUACAAUGCCCUUCUGGAUGGGUUUGGCAAACAAGGGAUGUUUGAUAAGGUCAAGGAGUUCUUUGCCAAAAUGAAGGAAGAAAACCUUUCGCCAAACAUUCUCACAUUCUCGAUUUUGAUUAGCGUGUAUUUCAAAGAAGGUUUAUAUCAAGAGGCGGCGGAACUUUAUAAGGAUUUCAAGCAAAGAAACUUGAAACCAGAUGUUGUUCUCUAUAGUAAACUUAUUGACGCGCUGUGUAAGAGAGGUCUUGUGGAGUCUGCUUCGUUGUUGAUUGAUGAGAUGAUGAAAGAGGGGAUAUUACCAAACGUUGUUACGUAUAAUUCUAUAAUCAAUGCUUUCGGUCUGGGAUCAAGCAUUGAGUGUUCAUCGACCGGGAAUGAAUUCACAGUUUGUGAAGAAAAUAAGAGGAGGAGCGAGGAAGAUGAUGAGGAAGACUGCAUUGAAAGGAUAUUCAAGCAGUUAGCUAAUGGGAAAGCGCUCAAAGUAAGGAAUAGGAACUCCUACAGACAGGACUUGUUUUGUGUGUUGGGUAUAUUCCAUAAGAUGCAUGAAUUAGACAUAAAACCGAAUGUUGUCACCUUUUCAGCAAUCUUGAACGCUUGCAGCCAUUGUAGUUCAUAUGAAGAAGCAUCAUUGUUGUUGGAGGAGCUGCGUGUGUUUGAUAACCAUGUUUAUGGAGUGGCACAUGGACUACUAAUGGGGCGUUGUGAAGAAGAUGUAUGGAUUAAAGCUCUGUCUCUUUUUGAUGAGGUAAAACAGAUGGACUCCUCAACUGCUUCUGCCUUCUAUAAUGCUCUGACUGACAUGCUGUGGCACUUUGGUCAGAGACGGGGUGCACAAUUGGUGGUGCUGGAAGGAAAACGGCGGAAUGUGUGGGAAAACACAUGGUCCAAUUCAUGCUUGGAUCUCCAUUUGAUGUCUUCAGGUGCUGCACGUGCGAUGUUGCAUGCCUGGUUACUCAGUAUACGUGCAGUUGUUUUUGAAGGCCAUGACCUACCCAGGUGGUUGAGCAUAUUGACUGGAUGGGGAAAACACAGCAAGGUAAUGGGAGAUGGGACCUUGAAGAGAGCGAUAGAAGCGCUGUUGGACAGCAUUGGGGCUCCAUUUGAAGUUGCAAAAUGUAAUAUGGGGAGGUUUGUUUCAUCCGGGGAUAUGGUGGCGGCCUGGUUGAAGGAAUCAGGCACACUAAAGGUCCUGCUUCUUCAUGAUCACGUAAUCGCACACCCAGAAAGCAAACAUGCAGCAGUAGUAGCAGUAUGAGAAGAGAAGAUGUAUAAUGGGUGUGAUCCAGCUUCAUAGCCAUGCCCCUUUGACCUUUGUAGUGAUUGUAUCAUUAUCCAUCAGGCGCAUGCUGCUCCUUUUUUGUUCAUAUGUAACUUAUAGUGCAUAUAGUCUCUGUUUAUAUUUUGCUGGAACUGGAAGCAGUUUUUUUUUGACAAAAUUGUUGUUUGCAUGGGGGGUGGGGGCAGAUAAACUGGUGUCAAACCCUGUUAGCCUGUCUUUCUACCAUUUUAAAAUCUUUUAAUAAAUUAUAAUUAUACAAAUUUUGAGUUGAUAAGUCCGAAUAAGUUAUUACACCCUCUUGACA